AUGAGCAGUGUCAUGUCGACCCCGCCGUCGUCGUUCGAGUCGCCGUCUGCGCAUCUCCCCGGGGAUCCGCUCCCACUGCAACGUUCCACGACUUCACCUUCCUCCGCACCCACGACGGGGUCGAUCAAGAAGAGCCGCUCCCUUCUCUUCUGGAAGGAACGGAAGGGCUCGCGUUCCUCCGGCCGGUCACGGGCUGACAGCUCCGUGGGCUCGCAGAGCGCGCUGCGUCUCGACACUGGUCCCGAAACGGCCGAGCCCGAUGCCCGCCUUCCCGACGUCGCUGAACUGCCCCCUGUGCCUCCUGUCCCGGCCAUCCCACCACAGCCAGAGGUUAAGGUGUCCGAGAUCAACCUUGGAUUCGUACGCUUCUAUAAAGUGAAGGUCAAGGGCCCCAAUGGGAGCCACACCGGGUACACGCCUGCGCCGCCGCGGAAUCCCAAGACGCCCAAGUCGCCCUCAAAGAAGAAGAAGAAGCAGGAGGAAGGCCCGAGGCCGUCCCGCUUCGUCCUCGGCACGCUGGCUGCAUAG